AUGGGAUAUCAGACUUUGGAUGUAGCGCUAUCGUUCAAGAACAAUCUCACUCCCCUAAAAAGCUCCAUUUUAAUAACCGAUACGUUAUCAGCACAGGGGAACUUUUUAGUUCAUCAUUUUAUUGUAAAUCAGAUCAAAGCUGAUAAACACGUUAUUUUGGUUGGUUUAGCACAAAUUUUCAAUCAUUACUUAAAUAUUGGAAGAAAGUUGGGCGUGAAUUUAACUGUUGCUUCUCAAAAAGGACAAUUUUCUUUCAUAGAUGGGUUGACUUCUUUAACAAUAAAUUCUUCUACAUCAUUUCCAACUUCUAUGAUAACUCCUUUGUCAAUUACCAAUUGUACUAAGGAAACUUUAUUAAAUUUCUACAGCGUCAUAAAAAAAAUCAUAACAACACACCAUGCGUCAACAAAUUCAAAUGUUUUAUUAAUAUUUGAUGAUUUGAGUGUAUUAGUUUAUUCUGGAUUUAAAGUAUGCGAUGUUUUAGAAUUCUGGGGAGCUUGUCGUGUAUUAAUAGAAAAGUACGAUGGAACAUUAAUUUCUCUAAUCCACGCUGAUGAAGUAUCAGGAUUGUCGAGCACUGACAAUAUCGACUUUGAUGAUGAAAUUUUUGUAAAGUCAUUGAUAUAUAAAUCUGAAUAUUUAUUAUCAGUGCGUGGUUUAGAGUCUGGAUUUAGUAGAGAUGUGUCUGGUGAGAUAACUAUCGCUCGUGGUCCGAAAAAUUUUGAAAAGUGGUUUAGGCCUACCGCCUUACAUUACAAGAUACUUGACAAUAAUGUACAAUUUUUUGCUAAAGGAUUUUCUCAAGGCAUUUUUUAA